AAAAAAAACUUUUACAUUUGGUAAGAGAGGACCCAACUUUUCAGAAAGUGUGUUUUAUCAGAGUGGAGGCAAAGAUGUGUAAUCGUUCAUACAGAGAGUUGCUGUGGCCCGUAAAUGUUGUUCAGGUUCAUUGAGAGAGAGAGAGAGAAAAGAGGGGAACAGAGGGGGAAACUUUAUAUCGACCAGUGUGGUUCAAUCGAAUUAAAAAAAAAACCGCUGCCCGUUUCGUGUUCGCCCGGAAAUAAGCAAAAGGGUAUCAGUGAAAACUGCUCCAGCGAGAAGGUGGGUCGAUAGAGGAUCAAUAAUCAUUUACCAACAUAAUGUACACGGCAGCGAAUACCUUUCGAAGAUGUCAGGUACGGAGAAGCAGAUUAGACAGGCGGGAGAGGUCGGAAUAUUAGACCCAAUUAAAACGGACAAGUCGUGCCUCGUUGAGGGCUGGGGAUAUCACAGGUCAAAGCUUUUCCUGCAUUUUAACGGCUGCUUUAAGUACGAGAAACUACAGAGGGAAGAACUCAUCGCAGGCGUGCUUUCUAAAGAUAAGGGGCUGCUCAUGAGAAUGCCAGCGAUCAAGAAGGAGCGAGCCGACAGGGAGGGGGUCAUUCGGGGCUUGCUGGACGGUCUGCCCGAGUUCCUGGCCCCGUUGAACGCGGCGAGUGUACCGGUGCUGAGCUCUCACCCGCCGCCCUAUGAGCACCUCUACAGCCCGGCGCGGCGCCCCUUCCUGGGGCUGCAGGAGGCGCGGCACCCGGAGGAGCUGCUGCUGGAGCGCGUCUCGUCCAUCCCCGACUUCCAGCCCGUUUUCGACAACGGCCAGCCCUGCAUCGAGGUGGAGUGCGGAGAUAACAGAGCCCUGCUCUAUAUCCACAAACUGUGUCAGGGAAGCAAAGGACCCUCUAUUCGCUACAGGGGAGAGUGGCUGACGCCAAAUGAAUUUCAAUUCGUCAGCGGCAGGGAGACAGCUAAAGACUGGAAGCGGAGCAUUAGACACAAAGGAAAAAGUCUGAAAACGCUUAUGUCAAAAGGAGUGUUGCAGGUCCACCCUCCAAUCUGUGACUGCCCUGGGUGUCGAAUUUCGUCUCCUGUGAACCGGGGACGCUUGGCUGAAAAGAGGACAAUCCCUUUGCCGCCAACAAGAGUACCUAAGAAAGAACUGACCUCGGCUUUUACAAAUAGUGAAGAUAGUAAAGAGAGCGAGAAAGCAAAUGGUGACCGCCCUCCUGAGGUAAAACAGGAAGAGGAAAUUCAGGCUAGCACAAUGAAAAGAAGAUUGGACGCUUUUGGCCAGCACACAGAGCAGAUUUUCAACCCAUCCGCCUGUACUGCAUUUGAAUUGCACCCAGAUCCCAGAGGUGAAAGUCGUGAGAGUGAUCUAUCAACUAUCAUCUCCAACUUGCACCAGAGCAGGCAGCUCGUUAUGCCAGAGGGUCAAAGUCGGAAUGAGAUCAAGAAAAAUGGCAUCGACCUACUCCCAGGACAGGCUGAUGAAAUUUUAGGAAAGCGAAGAGUAUGUUCACCAAACAACAAUAGUGAUUGUCCAGAAAUCAAGAGGCAAAGAAGUGAGUCACCAAAGGAAAAGUGUCACACUCCCUUAAUUGAGGAUCAGAUUAUGCAGAUGACACCUGAAGAACACUACAGGCGAAUGAUGUCUGCGUUGAAUGAGCAUGGGACAUACGAAGAGCAACAGCAACGCUUGUAUCAACUCGCCAACAGUAUGGGAGUCCCAGCUCAUGGAGACCUCCUGAGGGCCCGGCAAGAAGCAGUUGCUGCCGUUCGGAACUCCAGUGCCAUGGAGCCUCACAUCCCAUCUUCAAGUAGUUCAUCGAGUCAGAGGAGAAAGCAGGGACUCCCCCAGCACAGAGAUGCACACUUUAACGAGAGGGAAAUGACGCACACAAACCCUUUGCUUUCACCCCAGAAUGCACCUCACAUUGCUUUGGGCCCUCAUCUAAGGCCUCCAUUCCUAGGAGUUCAUUCAACCCUGUGCCAAACCCCGGGUUACGGAUUUUUGCAGCCGGCCCAGGCAGAAAUCUUUGCACGACAGCAGGAGAUGCUUCGGAAGCAGAACCUGGCAAGGCUUGAGAUGUCUGCUGAGCUUCUGCGUCAGAAAGAGUUUGAGAACAUGCACAGGCAGCGAAUUCUCGGAGCCGACCCUUUGUCACUGCACUCCAGCUUGCCCCCGGACCACCCCGCCCUGCGCAGCAUCCACGACGUCCCCGAGGGCCACCCGCUGCGCGAGGAGAUCUCCCGCCGCAACGCCAUGCUCGUGCUCCGGCACAACACAGCACCGCUGCUGUCUCUCAACCAUGCCGUUCCGGGCAACGCACCCCCCAAAGAGCCGGGGCGCAAGGGGACCCGGAAGGUGGCUCACCACCGGACAGAGGCGCAGUGUGUUGGCGAGGUCAAAGAUCACCUUGAGACCCGUGUCCGAGAUGGGAGCGCCGACUGCAACGACGAGGAGAUGAAAGACUCGGAGAGUGAUCCUGAAGCGGGCGACGACAAGCCCGAAAACCUGAAGACUGAGGUGAUCGGUUCAGUCCACGAACUCAAGGAGUGCAAAGAGAACGUAAAAUCUUGCGAGAAUAUUAAGGAAAUGCACGAGGCUUCCACCGCUCAGAACCCCCCUUGUGUUUCUGUGGGCUCCGACUCUCCGAGCCAUCUGCUGGGUUCUGGAAUCGCUGAAAACAAAGCUAAAUAUCUCCCAUCUGCUCCAGCUCCACUCCCUCAGCCCCUGCCAUUUGGAUUUCCGUACACAGCGAAUCCUUACUUUCACACAGCAGGCAGCAUUGGAAGCUUCUUAUUGGAUGGAGAGGAUGGUGCUACAGUGGAGGACAUUAGCAAAUGGACUGUUGACGACGUCUGUAACUUCAUUAAUGGUCUCUCUGGCUGUGCGGAAUAUACACAAGUCUUCAGAGAGCAAGCCAUUGAUGGAGAGACAUUGCCUCUGUUAACAGAGGAGCACUUACUGAACACCAUGGGCCUGAAGCUGGGACCAGCCCUAAAAAUACGAGCACAGGUUGCCAAGAGGAUCGGGCGAGUGCUGUACAUGGCCAGUUUCCCACUGCCACUGGCACUGCCACCAGCGGCACUGAGGCCGCCCGAGAGAGACCUCGCUCCCACGGAGAACCGCCCGUCGUCCACCGGCAGUGUAGCCUCGCCAUACUGUGGCCUCCAAGUCAGCCGCAUCUCCCCGAAGCAAGAAAAUGGCAGCGCCUCCGUGAUGGGAAUUGGGGAUCUCACCAAACCACAGUCUUGAAUGGGACCUUUGCUUCGGAGAGAAAGUCAAGUUGCUGUUAUUUGAAACCAAAGUAUUUAUAGGAUUGCCAACUUCAUCAGUUGACUGCAUUCCCUCUUUUUUUUCUUUUUGGAAGAAAAAUACAACACUCCGGCUUUCUAAACACGUUUUGACAAAAAAACAAAGUACGGUCACACACAUUCCUUUUUCUUUUCCCUUUAUCUUCGAGACUACAGUUUAUCCUGGAAAGCUAUUGAAAAGCUGCAGAAAACAGAACCUAUAAAUUGACGGAGGAAGAAUACAAAAGGGACAGGACGUUGGUUGAAUGGAGGAGUUGGUGAGGCUAUCUCAGCUCGCCGACAGGGGAGAGAGAAACCAGCCUCCGUUUCUGCUUCAAGCUGAAAGACACCCCCCACCCACAUUUCUUUGUUUCUCGGAACUGAGAGGGGGAACAAAAAUAAAUAGAACUGUGCACUUGUACCAAAAAAAGAUUUCUAUAUCACAGACCUGGGAUUAAACAUUUAAUGUAAAAAAAAAUUUCAUAAGCACUCAUUUUGACUCAUAAUGCUAGUGUCUAUGCAUUUGUCAAGUGCUAAACCAAAGAUAAUGGGUUGUUGGUCUGUGUUUACAUUACAUUUCUAAAUGGUACAAUGGUUUUUUUUUGUCUGCAGGACACAAUUUAAAAGUGCCUCACUGUAGAGGUUUAAUCACUACUCUAGCACACUUAAACAAAUCAGACAGGACCACAACUGCACAGGUAUGAGAGUUUAGAAGGUGGUUUUUAAAAUGACCAAUUCAAGAUAAUAGCUAUUCAUUAUCUGGACAGCAAGUUGUAUGAGCAAAACUAGUUACAAAGACAAUUUUGGUACUUAUUUUGUUUUUUUUUGUUGUUGUGUAGUUGCACGUUUUUGAAUUUUUUGGGCUGGGUGGGAAUAGGGAAAAAGAAAUGUAAAAACUGCUAGGGGAAAGUUUCUCAUCCUUUUUCAUUGCUAUUCAAACCUUAAUUGCUGCUUUAAAGCAAUCAACAUAAGGAACAUUUAUGUUAUUUAUGGAAAUUCUGUUGGUAAGUCGAAUAUGUUUAGCACUAUAUAUAUGGUAAUAUUCAGCCCUAAAAGGGUGGUAUAAGAAUAAUUAAAAAAAAAUCAAAAAAUUGUUGUUCCUUUAGCUGGUUUUGGCCAUACUGCAUCAAACUAUCAUUAAAUGUUUUGCAGUUGUAAACAAUGAGGAUAUGGUGAUUUGUAAAAUAAUUUUAGCCUAUUUGUUAAUUUGCUUUCCUCCUUGUCUUUCACUUUUAGUGAAAUAAAGCCCCCCACAAAAAAAAGGUACAAU